ACUUUUUACGACUUCUUAAUACGAAACACUCCCAUUAGAGGUUCGAUACGCGCAUGAAAUGGAGAACUGGAAUUCUCAAGGCGAAAGUGCCGUUGCGCCAUCGCUAGGAUUGGCGGAUCUGGAUGAAAGACGGGAAAGGCGACAAUGCUGGAACGCUAUCGCUUUUUACCCGUCUUGUGGGAAGUGGCGCAUACAGAGGUUUGUUUUUGGUGCUUUUCUGGUAAUUUCUUUGCUCUUUUUUGGGUUUGGCGCAUUCAUAUGAUACCCCAUCUGUGUUUUGGAUACGCUGUCAUUCGAGAGCCUCAACCAAAGACUCGCCAGCGACAGUGCUUCUACGCCAUCGCUUGGGACGGCGUGUUGCAGCCGAGGCGGGACCGACGACAAUGCUUCUGCGCUAUCGUUUGGGAACUCGUCUCGUGGGCAUUGCUUACACACGUUUCUUCGAGUAUUUGGAAUCUUCAUCGUAGGAUAAGAGGAAUAAGUAGCUUGGUUCUUCGCUCGCUACCUCACUAUACAUUACUAGGCAAACACUUUUAGCCUCGCACAUAUUAUCAUAACCCCUUCGUGCCCCUCCGACCCAGAGUGAUUAAAAAUUUCUAUCUUCAGACGCGAGUAUUAAAUAUGGUAUGGCAUCAUCAGCAUGGAAUACCGUCGUGGUCAAACGUCAAUUGCAAACUAAUGUCAAUGCCCCAGUCGGCCCCCCUUAA